AAUAGUUCCGACGAAAUAAACCAAGUCGCAACGACAUCUCAAGCUUUCUCGGUUUCUUAUUUUUAUUUUUUCCGGUCCGUUUUGCAAUUAGGACGAAACCCUAAUUAGGCGGAGCUAUUGGUUUUUGAUUUCGGCGUCGACGCAAAUAUGAAAGGGAUUGCAAGGCUUGUAUCAUCUUCUCUUUCGCGACUCGGAUGUCGCGAGAUCGUUUCUGGAGGAAGUACUGUUUCUUCUUCGUCUUCCUCUCUUCUCCUAUCUCGUCGCUCGCUUUUCAUCUCUGCGACUAACUUACUCGAUUCUCCGGCGUCAAAUUCUCUUCUUACCUCUUCUUCGAGAUCUUCUUUGCUUCCUCAGAAAUGGACCUUCCUCGGAGGGCAGAGAAGAACGAUGUUUAUUCAAACACAAUCAACUCCGAAUCCUUCUUCUCUGAUGUUUUAUCCUGGCAAAUCAGUCAUGGAGGUUGGAAGCGCGGAUUUUCCUAAUGUUCGUUCAGCUUUGGGUUCGCCAUUAGCCAAGGCUAUUUACUCCAUUGAUGGUGUUGUUCGAGUUUUCUUUGGGUCUGAUUUUGUUACUGUUACAAAGUCAGAUGAUGUCUCAUGGGAUAUCCUCAAGCCUGAGAUAUUUGCGGCAGUCAUGGAUUUCUACUCUUCUGGCCAGCCUUUGUUUCUGGAUGCACAAGCUGCUGCUGCCAAGGAUACUGCUAUCAGCGAGGAUGACUCUGAAACUGUAGCAAUGAUCAAGGAACUCUUAGAAACACGCAUCAGACCAGCAGUCCAAGAUGAUGGUGGGGACAUUGAGUAUUGUGGGUUUGAUCCGGAAAGCGGUAUAGUGAAGCUGAGGAUGCAAGGAGCUUGUAGCGGUUGCCCAAGCUCAUCUGUUACUUUGAAAUCGGGAAUCGAAAACAUGCUGAUGCAUUACAUAUCUGAGGUGAAAGGUGUAGAACAAGAGUUUGAUGGGGAAGAUGGGGAAGAGGGCACGUUGUCUGGAGAGAUGAGAGAGUAGUAGAAUAAAAGAUAUCUCCGUCAAGCUUCUCUUCUUCUCUACUAUGAUAUCUACUCUGCUCUCUUUUAGUGUACAGAAGAAUAAUAAUUCCUAGUGAGUGCAUGUUUUUUUUGCUUCAACCCUCACACUUCAAAAAUCUACUUGAGAGAGAGAUCUCACAGUUUUAUUUAUUUUCUGAGUAAAAAAAAAAAAACAAUACGA